UCAUUGUUUAUGAAUGUUAGUUACAAUAAAAAAUGAAACGUUUGUUUUAAUCAGUUAUUCUAGUGCCGAAAGUAAAUAAGUACAAUGAUUAAAGCAAUUUUAGUGUUCAAUAAUCAUGGAAAACCAAGAUUAUCCAAAUUUUAUCAAUAUUUCCCUGAAGACAUGCAACAGCAAAUAAUCAAAGAAACUUUUCAGUUAGUGUCUAAGCGUGACGAUAAUGUAUGUAAUUUUCUGGAGGGAGGCAGUUUAAUAGGUGGAAGCGAUUAUAAACUAAUUUAUCGACACUACGCCACUUUAUACUUCGUGUUUUGUGUGGAUUCGUCUGAAAGUGAAUUAGGAAUAUUGGAUUUAAUUCAGGUGUUCGUUGAAACUCUAGACAAAUGUUUUGAGAAUGUGUGUGAACUCGACCUCAUAUUUCACGUUGAUAAAGUUCAUUACAUUCUAAACGAGCUCGUCAUGGGUGGUAUGGUCUUAGAAACUAACAUGACUGAAAUAUUGACUAGGAUAGAAGAUCAAAACAAACUAGAGAAACAGGAGGCUGGGAUAGCGGCAGCCCCUGCUCGUGCUGUUUCAGCUGUGAAAAACAUGAACAUUCCUCAACAAAUCAAAGAUAUUAAACUGCCUGAUCUCCCGCAAGCGAUUAAAGAUCUUAAAUUCUGACCUCAAGUCGCGUCUCAGUUUCACAACAUUGAUAUAACUUCAUUUCAUUUACCCUCAGACUGCAAAUCUCUGUUGGAUGAACCUUCCUCAGCAAAAUAUACCUGAUCCCGCAUUUUAAUCAUCAUCGUGCCCGUUUUAGUUAUGAGUGUAACAAGACUUUCAUAUACCAUAUGUGUAAAUAAAUACCUAAUAAUAGAAGAUAAUAGCAAUUUAUAUAUUUUUUGUUAUAUUCUCAUUAAAAGUUUUAAAUAAAAAAAAAGUUAUUUAUAACUAUUGAUUUAUACAAUAUAUUAUUUUCUUAAUGAUAAUAAUAAACGAAGAGCUGAGUGAAA